UUUCCGACCGUCCUUAAAGGCAGCAGCGGCCCAGACGUGGCCGUGGUACAGUUGCUGCGUUCAAGUGACGCAGGGUCCCGUCUGGAGGCAGGGCAGCCAGGGGAGGGCGAAGUUUCACUCUCUGCAUUGCAGCCCGAGCGCUGGCUGCAAGCCGGAACACAACAAUGGCGACUCCCAGUCCGAACGGCAACUCCACGGGCUCCGGCAAUAUUCUGGGGGCCACGUCGCAUCACCUUCACCAACAGACACAGAGCAGCAGCAUGCAAGAAACCAACACCUGCUGGAGAUGUCAAAAUGAAACAGGGUUUCAGAUAAGCCUGUCCGGAGUGCCCCAAAGCAAACGUAAAGCUCUAAAGUUAAAUUUCGCCAACCCUCCGGUGAAGCCGACCUCCAGGCUCCCGCUUCAUCCCACGGCUCCAUCGUUCCAGAAUCCUCACAUAGAGCGCCUGCGGACACACAGCAUCGAGUCGUCUGGGAAGCUGAAGAUCUCCCCGGAGCAGCACUGCGACUUCACCGCGGAGGACCUGAGGGACCUCGGGGAGAUCGGCCGCGGCGCCUACGGCUCCGUCAACAAGAUGGUCCACAAACCAACGGGCCAGAUCAUGGCAGUCAAGAGGAUUCGCUCCACUGUGGACGAGAAGGAGCAGAAGCAGCUGCUGAUGGACCUGGACGUGGUGAUGAGGAGUAGCGACUGUGCCUACAUCGUCCAGUUCUACGGCGCCCUCUUCAGAGAGGGGGACUGUUGGAUUUGCAUGGAGCUUAUGUCUACCUCAUUAGACAAAUUCUACAAAUAUGUAUAUUGCGUAUUAGAUGAUGUCAUUCCAGAGGAAAUAUUAGGCAAAAUAACAUUAGCUACCGUUAAAGCACUGAAUCACUUAAAAGAAAACUUGAAAAUAAUUCACAGAGACAUCAAACCUUCCAACAUUCUGAUGGACAGAAGGGGAAAUAUCAAACUGUGUGACUUCGGCAUCAGCGGCCAGCUGGUGGAUUCCAUAGCCAAGACGAGAGAUGCAGGCUGCAGGCCUUACAUGGCACCUGAAAGGAUAGACCCCAGUGCUUCCAGGCAGGGCUACGACGUCCGCUCCGACGUUUGGAGCUUGGGAAUCACCUUGUAUGAGUUAGCCACAGGGAGAUUCCCGUACCCCAAGUGGAAUAGUGUUUUUGAUCAGCUGACACAAGUGGUGAAAGGAGAGCCUCCACAGCUCAGUAACUCAGAGGAGAGGCAGUUCUCCCCGAAGUUCAUCAACUUCGUUAACCUAUGCCUUACUAAAGACGAGUCAAAGAGGCCAAAGUACCGGGAGCUUCUGAAACAUCCGUUUAUUCUGAUGUACGAGGAGCGCUUCGUGGACGUGGCCAGCUACGUGUGUCGCAUCCUGGAUCAGAUCCCCGCCUCGCCCGUCUCCCCUAUGUACGUCGACUGAUGCCAAGAAGAGCGUUCCCAUCGGCGGAGGACGGAGGGGUCCCUUAACGUCCAGCGGGGUGGUACACUAAGCUUUGUGAUGCGACGCUUGUCAACUUAGCCUUCAGUUAUGUAGGAUCACAUGUUUGUUCACACGUUCCAAAGAACAAAGGAAUUAAAUCCAAACUUCCCAGUGCAAUGAGAUGAAAAUCCCCCCCACAAAAGAAGAAACAUUUCCCAGUCAUUUUAAGAUCCCAAAAUAAUCUCUUCCACAUUAAAGCAGAGAAACUUGAAGCAGCAACUUUGUCUUAGUAAAGCGCAAUGCAUCUUUUUAUGUGACACAAAGAAUAGAGUAUAUAUAUAU